UGGCCAGCCACCGUCGGUGAUGGGGCUCCGCCUGCCUCUCAGCGCCCUGCUGCUGCUGCUGGCCACCCUGCUGUCGGCCGCGCGCGCCCAGCACGACACCGACCAGUCGCAGCCGCCGCCCGAGAAACGUCAGCGCGAGCGCAACCAGUUCGUGCCGUACAACUCGUACGCGCCGCGCGAGCCCAGCUGCGAGCAGCUGAGAGCCAUGUGGAAGCUCUCCAAGCGACAGCACCGGAACGCAGUGCGCACAAACGCCGUGCCCCGCUACCAGGAGCCGUACCUGCUGGGCCGCGUGCACGACACGCUGCGCCACAACCCGCUGUACGGCGCGCCGCGCCACCGGCCGCAGCCCACCUUCGGCACCGUGGUCAACGGGCCGGGCGAGCACCAGCGUCAGUUCGCCACGCCGGCGCUCACUGAGCUGGUGCAGAGCCGGCCGGCCGGCCGUCCGGCCGACCACAACCUGCGUGACCUGGUCCGCAUGCUGGAGCGGCCCGAGCUGCCGGCGGCGCCGCCCGAGCCGCAGAGUCUGAGCGGCGCCCGGUACGGCCGCGUGCGGCUCUACCCCCGGCCGCGCUCUGACGCCUCGGCGGCGCGGCGCCUGUUCCAGCGGCGCGCCGCCGCCGCCGCACCUGGCAGACAUCGAAGGAUACCGGACCUGUAGACGGCGGGAGCAGAGAUCGGCUGAGCACGCUCCGGAAGGACGCGUCUGUCCGGUCCGGUCCCGGCGCCAGGUGUGCUCCCUGAGCCCACAGCUGCUGCUGGGACCCGACCCGGACACCGGACACCGGACACCGGACACCGGACACCGGACACCGGACACCGGACCCGGACACCUGCGCCAGCGCGAGGACUGCCCUGCCGAGGACACCUCCCUUCAGAAGACUCACCGACGCCGAGAAGGUAGCCCCGAAAGGCUACUGCGGCGAAAAAAGGAACGUUCCACCUAUCGGCAGCAUACGGCUACCGACUUUGGGCAGACACACAUUAUUUUUCUCCUGUUCGCACCAAUGUAAUGUGUGUGUUUCGUUCAUUGCUUCUCGUUAAUUGCUUAUUGUUGUUUGUCUCCGCCAACCGUCGCUUCGAUUCCCAUUAAUGCCGCUUGGGUCAUAUAUGACCCAAAAGCAAAACCUUAACGAUUUUUCUCAAUGGAGGCAAGUGGCACUUUGAGGAACUUGUGCGUGUGUUUUGUUGGAUUUGUGGGUUCAGUGGCGAGCGUCGGAGCCGCAUAAAACUUGUGUGAGCUCGUCCACUGAAGUUUCUGGAGCCAAAGACGACGGGACUGCACAGUCGCCGGUCACUGGCAAUGGCACGCCGCCCCAAAAAGUAAUAUUAUAUUAUGUUUGCACCUUACUAUCUGUUGAAUGAUCGUCCACCUGGCAUUUGAGUUUGUCUGAAAAAGGCAUGAUGUAUAUUUUUGCCCUUCUUGUCGCCAUCGGAUAACUUUUUUUCCUCGAUAAAUAUCAUUGGGUCAUAAAUGACCCAGCCGGCAAAAGUGUUGUAAAUUUUC